AUGUCUGAAGAAGGGAAACCUGAGGCCGUUGAGUCUGUCACCGCCCCUGAAGAACCUCUACAGAGGUUGUUGCAGUUGGCCAUGGCAAAUGGAUGCCUGCUGCGCGGCAUCCAUCAGGUGACAAAAGCACUGGAUGCCAAAAGGGUCAAAGCAUGUGUAGUAUCCACGCAAACCAGUGAGGAAGGCUACUUGAAGCUUAUCCAAGCUCUGUGCAAGGAACACAACGUACCUUGCAUCGAAACGGAACAUGACUCCGAGAAAAUCGGACAGUGGGCAGGUCUAUGCAAAUACGACAUUGAAGGUGUUCCACGUCACAUAGUAGGCGCAACCAGUGUAGCCAUCACCACCUUCGACGAAAAAUCUGAGACAGCAGAUGAAAUGUUGAAGCUUAUUAAGUCGUUGGCGUAA